ACCCCGACCGGUCGCCGCGCACCAGUCCUCGCGGACCGUGGCCAGCAGUCCUGCGCUCGCUGUGCGCGACCCCGGCUCGGCGGCCCCCGGACGGUGGCCCUUUCCUUCAGGGCGUGAGGCCGGCCCUGCCCCGCCGCGCUUCCCGGGAUGAGGGCUCCCGGCAAGGGCGCCGGCCGAGCCCCUAGUCGCUGAGGGGCCGGGGGAGGCGCAGAGAUGGGGUCGUGCGAAUGUCCUGCCCUGCUGCUUCUGCUAUCUUUGCUGCUGCUUCCCCUGGGCCUCCCAGUCCUGGGCGCCCCCCCUCGCCUCAUCUGUGACAGCCGAGUCCUGGAGAGGUACAUUCUGGAGGCCAGGGAGGCCGAAAAUGUCACGAUGGGCUGUGCUGAAGGCUGCAGCUUCAGUGAGAAUAUCACUGUCCCAGACACCAAGGUCAACUUCUAUACCUGGAAGAGGAUGGACGUCGGGCAGCAGGCUGUGGAAGUCUGGCAGGGCCUCGCCCUGCUCUCAGAAGCCAUCCUGCGGGGCCAGGCCUUGCUGGCCAACUCCUCCCAGCCAUCUGAGACCCUGCAGCUGCAUGUGGAUAAAGCCGUCAGCAGCCUGCGCAGCCUCACCUCCCUGCUUCGGGCACUGGGAGCCCAGAAGGAAGCCACCUCCCUUCCAGAGGCAACCUCUGCUGCUCCACUCCGAACAUUCACUGUCGAUACUUUGUGCAAACUUUUCCGAAUCUACUCCAACUUCCUGCGGGGAAAGCUGACGCUGUACACAGGGGAGGCCUGCCGAAGAGGAGACAGGUGACCAGGUGCUCCCACCCCGGGCAUGUCCACCACCUCACUUACCACCACUGCCUGUGCCACGCCCUCUGCACCACCACUCCUGACCCCUGUUGGGGGUGAUCAGCUCAGCACCAGCCUGUCCCACGGACACUCCACGGCCAGUGGUGACAUCGCAAGGGCCAGAGGAACUGUCCGGAGCGCAACUCAGAUCUAAGGAUGUCACAGGGCCAGCCUGAGGCCCCGAAGCAGGAGGAAUUUGGAGGAAAUCAGCUUAAACUUGGGGAUGGAGCCUUGCUGGGGAGAAACCGAAACUCAUCUUGGUGCCCUGCCGAACCGUGAUGCCGGGACAAGGUGGAGGGCCGAUACCUCUUCGUGCACCCAUCAGGCAGGGAUAGGAGGGACCAGAGAAUUUAGGUGGCGAGCCAUGAAUUCUCCAGGUCUCAUGGGCACUCCCAUGAUAGUAAGAGCCCGCCGGACGAAGGGUGGUGGGAGCCAGGGAGAUGGGAUGGGGGCUGGCCCCUGGCUCUCAGUGGGUCCACAUCUUGUGUAUUUUUCAAUCUCACCGGCAAGAACUGAAACCACAACAUGGCUCUUGGCUUUUCUGUUUUCUCCUGGAGCGCCCCACUUCCCUGGCCCUGCUCCCACCCUGGCAGCAGGCAGCAGUCCUGGGAAACUAGAGCUGGAGGGGGUCAGGCCCUACGUGCUGCCUCGCAUGGCCUGUCUGACCUCUUGACCCCACUGGGCCUGAGGCCACAAGCUCUGCCCACGCUGGUCAAUAAGGUGGCUCCAUUCAAGGCUAUUCCUCAGUAGGCAGCUGGCAACUCUCUUUAGUGAGUUACAGCCGCCAUCAAGGAAACAGGAGCCAGGAGGAAGAGUCCCUUUGGUGGCUGGGGACAGCUCCCAGUCCUGUAUACUAGACCCUUAUUAUUUCUCACUUCUUCUCUGUGGUGCCUUUGGCUAAAACCACAUUCCCAGUAUCCGCCUUUGCCACCUCUAAAUCCCGCUGCCCUCUUUCCUUGCCGGGGAUGGUCACUAUUAAUGCUCUACCCUGUAACUCACAGAAGGAGCCACCUUCCCCGACAAGGGUCUCACUGAGCAUGGCUCUUCCAGGUGGUUCCCUUACUCGACUUCAUUUGAUUCCUUGCACAACUCUAUGAGAAAGUGUCCACUGUCAUUCCCAUUGAACAGACGAAGAAAUAAAGUCACUGCCAAGGUCAAGACAACAGGAACCCCCAAUUCCCCCAGCACUGACCCCUUCCCUCUUCUGCUUGUUCCUUCCACAGAAUCCCUACCUGCUCCCUGCUUCCCCGGGAUAUGGGACACAGAACAAACAGCCUCCACUCUCCAUCCCUACGUCUAAUUUUACUCAUUACUCUGACAAUCAACUUCAAAUUCCUUCCCAGACAUAAUGCUUCCGCUGUAAAGUACCACCCAGGAGAGACCAGUGCAGACAGCAAAAGAUGACACAAAACUGCAUCAGGAUCCAGAUCCUGGCCAUUAACAUAUAUGGGAGGAUCAGUCUCUCUGUUUCUAUAACAAAACAGAGAAGUCAGGCUGCACCCCUGAAAAUAUGCAAAAGAGAGAGAAGUUUUGCAAUCUGCAGCAGGAAAAAUUAGGGGUAGGUUGCAGGAUUGGAGGGUAUUUGUGAAGUAUAGGAGCGUGAUGGGGGCAGGGGUGGGAGGAAUCCACAGAGGGGUGGAUCCAAAGGAGAAUUUUCACCUGGCCAAUCCAGCUCCUGGGGUACAGUGCCCUCUUCAGGCCCCACUAGGAAAUGCUAAACAAAUUGGCCUGCAAAAGAACCCUUAAGGCUCCGAUCUUGGCACAUUUCAAUAGAAGUUUGCAGGGGCGCCUGGGUGGCUCAGACGGUUGAGCGUCCAACUUCGGCUCAGGUCACGAUCUCACGGUCCGUGAGUUCGAGCCCCGCGUCGGGCUCUGGGUUGAUGGCUCAGAGCCUGGAGCCUGCUUCCGAUUCUGUGUCUCUCUCUCUCUGACCCUCCCCCCUUCAUGC